AUGCAACAGGAUAGCCCGUUGAGUCCCAAAAGGCUUUUCAACAAUCAACAAAAACAAUUCCAGCUUAACGAUGCAAGCGAUCUCAAUUCCCCAAUGAUGAACUUGACCGGAUUUCCUCUGAAUACCAAAAAACGGACACUAUAUUCUCCAUCGAGCGAUUCCUCAACGCCUCAACCAUCGGAGAGACUCAAAUCUUCACUCGACAAAACUAACAGCCCUUCUAACAAAAACAGCCGUGAAUCACUUUUGAAGAGCUUCAAAGACCCAUCACCUCCAUUUGCAACGAAAAAAGCAGCUUUGCGGAGGAGCGCUGGCGUUCUGAAUUUAUCCAUCGAAACCAGUCCUCGAAAACAAUUACAGAAAGAGCAUGAAAUCACCAAAUCCAUAAGUGAUCUGGAUUUCGGAAGUGAUGUCACUAGCCCUUCUGGACAUGCGAAGAUUGCACAAGGUAUCAAACAUCUCCGACAGAGAGAGCCUAAAUACUCACCAAGUGAACGCAAACCUGAAGAGUUUGAAAACGUCAGGUCUACGGGAGGAGGUCACUGGUCGCCAAACUCACCAUCUCCAUUCUUAAAUCCAUCAGUGGUCAAAAAAAUGACCGCCACUUCCCGUUUCAAGAAAAUAUUCACUAAUAAUCACUCUAACGACAUAACUGACUCUCCCAUGUGCGACGCGAACAAUAAACCCUCGAUGGAUAAUACAAACACUCCUGUUAAUCUGCACAUGAAAAUUGCUGCUUGCGGAGCUACUAAGGGUUUCCCCUCCGACUCGCCCUCAAAACCUGUUAAGAUUGGGUACGAGCCCAAAAAACCAGAGGCGCUUCAAGUACACUUCACUCCAAGAAACACCGAUGGUUUUGUGACACCGGCAUCUUUCAAAUCGGUGAAACCGCUACAAACAGCUUUUACUUCUACUGGAUUACAGAGCAAAAAAUCCAUUAGUUUGGCCACCAAAUUUAAAGCCAUGCCUGAAACACCUUGUAAGAGACCACCUCUGAGUACAGUCAAUGUUAACGGGCCUCUUGAGAGCGCAAUAGCUAACAACUCAUUUGGAUCAUCCAAUGCAUCAACUGUACUGAAUUGUUCAGCUAACACAAUAGCGACUUCGUCGGCGGCCAAAUCGACAAGAACUGGGAGCAGCCCAUCGGAGAUAAUAUCCCCAAACUCGUCCAAAAUGACGCCAAUCUCAAUUGACGGGAUCACCAGAGCUCCCCGGAGUAGUGGUGGUACUAAUGGUAGUGGGCGCCCGUUGUCAAGAAGUCAGAAAGCAAUAAACACAUCGGAUCUGGAAAGCUGUAUUUUGAGAUUCACCAACGAAUUUGAUGAUUUAUAUGAUGAUGAGAGUCAUCAUAGUACAAGCAUUUUUCGAGAUACAAGUGAGGCACAGGCCCAUUCACCAGUCACUGGAAUAGGGAAGGCUUUGCCUGAGAGCUGCCGCAGACCAUUGCAAGACUUGAGUAAUACAACCAAGGCUUUUGGCGAGUUUGAAACUCACAGUAAUUUUCAUAAAGGACGAGCUUUAUUUAACCCACAUAAGCUGUCUGAUGCAUCAUCGCAUCAAGAUUUCAUGGAUGAGGACCUUGAUUUGGAGAAUAUCGAUGAAAUGAAUUUUGAUGGAUUUUCUGAAUUUGAAUCGCUGGAGACUUUACCUCCAACUCCUACUCGUUUGGGUGCGACACACAAUCAACAUGGGGGAAGAGGACCACACAACUACCUAGAUGGAAGUACACCCACGAAGCACAAUCCAAGCUUGAGAACUACAUACUCUAAUUGCUCUACACAUAAUAUGUUCAUCUCGGGAAAAACGGGAGAUUGCAUCAAUAUGGGUCCUCCAAAAUUGUCAUCCAUGACUGCCCAUAGUCCCAAAACCCCUGUUGAUCCGUCAUUCACACAAACUUUUCAAAAUACACAGAACUCGGACUCGCAUGCUGAUUCAACGUUGGAUACCUCAUCCACGUUCUCACUUCCGAACCACAUAUCUCACAAACAAUCACUACCCUUCGAUGAACCUUUGGAAAAGAAAGACCAAAUUGAUUACCAUUUGAUGUCAAAGUUUGGAAAUUGUAGUUUGAUAGGGUCCGGCGAAUUUUCUGUGGUGUACGAAAUACAAUACGAAGGUAUCAAAUAUGCGGUCAAGAGAACAAAGAAUCCUUUGGGGGGACCGAAAACCAGAUUGCGCAAAUUGGAAGAGGUUGAAAUAUUGAAGACCCUUCAAGCAAAAUUCAGGUCUUCAGCAAUGGAAGCAGACGAUGAGAAUCAUCCGGAUACCGGUGAUAAUCACGAAAACAUUUUGAACCUCAUAAACUAUUGGGAACACAACUCAUUUUUAUACAUAAUGACCGACUGCUGCGAAAACGGAUCACUGGACAAGUUUUUAGUAGAGAACGGAAAGGUUUCGAAGCUAGAUGAGUGGAGAGUAUGGAAGAUAUUGAAUGAAAUAUUGAUGGGAUUGAAAUUCAUUCAUAAAUGUGGAAUAUUGCACCUUGACUUGAAACCGGCUAAUAUAUUCAUCACCUUCGAAGGAUCUCUUAAAAUUGGGGAUUUUGGUGUUGCUUCCAAACUUCCCAUACCUCCUUAUUUUGACCGUGAAGGCGACCGCGAAUAUAUUGCCCCAGAAGUGAUUUCGAAACACAUAUAUGGGAAACCAGCCGAUAUAUUCUCAUGUGGUCUCAUCAUGGUCGAAAUUGCGGCUAACAUAGUUUUACCAGACAACGGGACAUCAUGGCAAAAACUUAGAUCUGGCGACCUAACAGAUGCAGGGAAGUUGUCGUCUAGUGACUUGACCGACUUGGAAGGAUCCAUUUUUUCCAGUGCAAACACUUAUUCAUCGAAUCUUACGAAUACAACAGUUACCACAGGCAUUUCAGCAUCACCUACAGAACUGAGUAAAGCGAAUCACUUGAGAAGACUGGGAGUCCCUAGUUGGGCACCAUCUUGGUUUUGUGAUGGUAGUUCUGCCCUUGAUAAAUUGGUGACAUGGAUGAUCGAUCCAAACCCUACAAAUAGACCAACUGCGGAAGAGAUAUUGAGAAGUUACGAAUGCACUGUCGUGGAAUCUAGAAGGAAAAGUGGCGCAACAAUAUAUGAGGGGGACUUUGGGCCCCAGCCUGAUCAUGAGGAUCUACUUUUAGAGAAGGAAGUGAUGACUUCCCCAUCCACAUAUAAAAUUGCCAACAUAUGUGGCAAGUGGAACAGAAAAUCCUCGAUUGAUAUGAUCCUAGAAUGA